CGGGCGGAGUUUUGUGGCCAGCAGGGUAAUCUGUUUUCAGCAUACAACGGGUCAGUGGCGUAUUCGGUUCAGUUUGUUUGGGAGUGCUAGCGGUUAUGAAGUAAUUUACCUAGCUAUGUACAAGUGAAAAGUAGCUAGGAACGAGUUGAUUUAAUGUGCCCAUGACGGAGAUUUAUCUUCCGAAACGAGAUUAGUUUCACCAGUCUAGAAGUCUUUUUAUAUUUAAAGGUGGAGGAUUAAGUGUUGUAAUGGAGGAUAAGAAGGAGGAGGGAGAGGCAGAGAUCCAGGAACAUGGCCCCGAACACUGGUUCUCGAAAUGGGAGCGGCAGUGCUUGGCCGAGGCCGAACAGGAGGAGCCGAAUGAGGAGGAGGCUGAUGAAAGCCAACAGAAAAUGUGGCACCUCUUUCAGAACUCCGCUACUGCGGUUGCACAGCUCUACAAAGACCGUGUAUGUCAACAACAGGGACUCUCGCUAUGGGUACCGUUUCAGAAUGCUGCAACAGCUGUCACCAAUAUGUAUAAAGAAAGCAUAGAAGCACAUCAAAGAAGUUAUGACCUAGGGAUUCAGAUCGGCUGUCAACGUCGCAAUAAGGAUGUUUUGGCUUGGCUUAAAAAGAGACGGAGAACAAUUCGAAGAGAGGACUUGAUCAGUUUCUUGUGUGGCAAAGCACCUCCACCAAGGACUUCUAAAGCACCACCAAAACUGACUGUUAUGUCUCCCAACCGGGCACCUUCCACUGAAACUAGCUCAUCUGUAGAGACUGAUUUGCAGCCCUUCCGAGAAGCCAUAGCAUUGCAUGGUCUGAGUGGAGCAAUGGCCGGCAUAAGUGUCCGUUCCAGUACUCCUGGGUCUCCUACUCAUGUGAGCAGCAGCUCCAACCCGAGUCGCAGGAGAAACGGACUCCACGAUGUCGACUUGAACACUUUCAUAUCGGAAGAAAUGGCACUCCAUUUAGACAAUGGUGGCACUAGGAAGCGGACCUCUGCCCAGUGUGGCGAUGUCAUCACGGACUCGCCAACUCAUAAACGCAAUCGAAUGAUCUGAACUGAUUUUUCAAUAAUGUACCGUGCUGCUUCAAGUAAGGAAAAAAAAAAAAAAGCCACGUAAUCUUCAAAACUUUUUUUUUUUGUAAAAGGAACCAUUGCCAUGGUAAAAAGCAACCAUUUAUUCAGAUGAGUUGAAUUCAUGAUUCCCUGAUUCAAACUGCUGCAAAAGGUAUUUCUUGCUAAUGCCUUUCUGCAUUCCUCUCAACUCUGAGAUUUGUCUUUGUACUGAGCAAGAUCAUCAUAGGUAAACAUUUCCAAGCUUGAAGGCUGAAGUGACCUUACAUGUUCGUGUCGAUUGAAGGGAUGUUAGAGCUGAUCAGUAUUGCAUCAUUGCAAUAUUCCCUCUUAACUAUAUACUUAAGCAUACUUGAGCAUAAUACCAGAUAAUGACUCGGUGUAUAUUUUCAGCACGUCUAUAUGCAGUCUGCAACCUGAUUUUUUUUUUUGGGGGGUUUUUUUGUUUCACACAUUAGUUCCAACUCCAAUAAAAUGGCAAUUUUGAAUUGUAAGACUAUUGGAUUUUAACUACUCAAAAGCAGCUGCUACGUCUGGUGAUUGUGUGACAGUGGAAGAGGGGCUGAAAUGGUCAUGCCCUCAAUGCCUAAUGAGUACAAUCUUUAUUGGAUUCACUUUUUAAUGCUACAAUGUGACAAUGUUGUCAUGCGUUUCCCCUCAUGAUUAACACUUUUUGUCUUUUUUUAACGUUAUCUAAUGUAUAUACAUUUAGGUGCUGGUAUGAUACAUGUGGUACAUAUUGUAAAAAGAAAAGUGCAAGCCAUGAAAUAGUUAUUGUAUAAUGAUUAUUACAUUAAAGAAACCAGGCUUUUAA